GUGGAGACCACUAUGAGCUGGUCCCACCUCCUGCAUCACGACCACCCUGGCCAUCCGAGUACUCGCCUGCAUCUUGCCGGAUGGCCAGGUCGAGCUGACCAAUGCUGGUGGUUGCACCCGGCGGGUGCUUGGCCACCACCUGAAGCUGUACCUCAAGAGCGAUGUGGAUCCACUCUUGGAGGCACCUGUUCCUACACCACGCUGAUUACCACCAUGAGAGUCCAGCUAAAAGAAGGUCCUAGCACAUAAAUUGAAGCGUAGGCGCAAGUUUCAAGUCAAUCGGAGAUCAAUUGGCGACUCGAGGGAAGAAACUCGGGUAUGACUUGAAGAAGAAUAGAUUUCUACCUCAGUUAGUGACCAUAUAAUCAUGUAAUCUUGUCAUGAGAAGAAAGAGGACGAGACGAUGAGCGUUUAGAAUCAAACGGCAUCUGAUUUGGAAUCCAAACGAGGGAGAAACGAAGAAUCAAAGAUAGGGGACCCGGAACUGCAAAAUACCCGACCCGGUAUUAUUUGGAGAAGACCGAGGAAAAUUGGUUUCAGGCUUCUCUGAGAAACAGAAGGGGGCCCUGUCGUGACGCUAAAAUCCCCGGUAGGGGUCCUUGCCAUGAGCGGGGAUUUUCCUUGUCACCCGACGGUGCGUUUUGAUUAUACCCGGUCGCCACCCAAAAUACCUGACCGGUAUUCAGGCCAGGGAUCGCGACAGACAGCUUUUUUAGGGAAAAGAAGGCUAAAUAUCAAGGGUUCUGAAUUUUAGAGAAAGAAAGCGAUUCCUAGGGAGAGAGAGAGCGACGAACCAUUGGAGCUCAACUCACACUUGGAGAAGUGCCGAUUGACGAUUAGGAGCAGAUUCUCAUCCUUCACAGCAUGAUUUCUUCAUCUGAGCUUGCUUUUGCUUCUCUCUCCAUGGAGUAACUUCCUUAUUCAUCUCGGUAUGGAGAACCCUUGAUUUGUACGUUAGGUUUGAUUGUAUGAACCCAAGUACAGAUGUC